UCCAUCCACGCCUCUCUCUCCGUUGCAGUUCCAAUCUUAUUAGGAAGCCGAUGGAGGCCAAGACACACUAACACAAGGACACAAACUCAGGAACAAGCCCAGCUGGAUUCAACUCACAGCUACCUUUAUUGUGAGACUGUAAACCUUGGACCAUUAAAUUAUCAAAUUGUCGAAUCCUGUCAACUGCCAUCGUUUCUGCUCCUGUUCGUCUCCCUCCAGCUAGGACUCUUCAUCAAGCAUGCUGAUCUCAAUAGCGUUGCUGUUUCUACUCAGUCCCCUGUCCUCCCUUCAGACACCGACCAGUCUGAAGAGAAACACCACAGGCACCAGCCUGCCCAAUAGUGCUGCUACCACUGGCGUGACUCUGAGCCUCCCAAAGCCGCUCAUUGUCGCCGCCAGCACCACCACUACUGGAAAUGCCAAACAGAAAAGCCAAAGUGCACCUUCUUCAGUGCCAAAAUCGGGCCCGGCAGCCAACAACAACAACGCACCUUCAUCAUUGCCAAAAACCAGCUCAGGAGCAGCAGUCAGCAAGCUGAACCAAACCACCUUUUCAUCAUCAUCAUCUUCAUCAUCAUCAUCUCCCCUGCCUAGUAAACCCAAUGCGGCCCCAGUGGCAGCCAAGGCCGUGAAAGACAACAAGGCAGGAGCGGCUGCAGCUCCCUCCUCCCCGCAUCCCAUCAAGGUGGUCAUCACAGAUGGCUGCCUGCAGAAGGAGCAGAAGACAGACGCCAACAGCAGCAGUGGUGGAGUUGGUGGCGGUGUCCCUGUCGCUGGCAUGGCCCCAAACAAGGAGCUGACGCUGAAGCCUGGCUCGCCGCUGGUGAUGACCCAUCACAUCAGCCUGGUACCCAGCACCUGCACAGGCGGCUGUGAGGCGGAGAUGGCUGCCCUGAAGGGACGCGUGGAGUACCUAGAGAAGGAGAUGGCUGCCAUGAAGAAAAUGUGCACUUCCUGCUCGGCCGCUUCGGGCACCUGUCCAAAUGGCUGCAGCGGCCAGGGGCGCUGCGAGGAGGGCAAGUGUGUGUGCAAUGCCGGCCAUAGCGGAGCCGACUGCAGCACCCAACAAGCCUGCCCCGCCAACUGCAACAAGAGAGGGAAGUGUGUCAAGGGGAAAUGUGUUUGCAAUGCUGGCUUCUCCGGGAUGGACUGCGGCAAAGGGAGCGAGAAGAAAGUGAAGGUGACUGUUGAAACCGUGACAAUGAAGGUGACGCCAGAGAUGAACACAAUCAAAGAGACAACAAUGACCACAGUGCAAAAGACCAAGGUGGACAAGACAAUAUUUGUGAAGACAACUGAUAAAGACCAAAAGAAGGUGUUAGUGGGUAAAGAGGCUGACGUGCAAGGUCAGACCAAAGUCAAAACAGCUGGAAAGCCCGGCGUCAGCCUUAAAACCGACACCCUCACCAAAGUCACCAUCAAACCCGCCGCUAAUGCCACCAAGACCGGAGGGAAAGUGACAAAGACGGUUGGGCAGGUGUUCCUGAAGCAGAGUGCGAGACGUCCAGAACAGGCAACCAAAGGCAAAACGGAGGUGAAGAAGAUAGACACGAAAGCCAAGGAGUCGUCCGUGAAGAAGGUGCAACUCAAAGACCAGCCUCUGGUAAAUGUCACUCAGACAUCUGUGAAAAAAAUGAAUGGCACUUCUUCAAAGGUUUUAACCCAGUUACUGAAAGUUUCAAAACCAACAGUGAAUGUAACGGCCUCAGAGAAAACCACAAUGAGAAAGAGUGUCAAAACAACCACUGGGACGCAGGCAGCCACAGGCUCUGUCAAAGUCAUCAUUAAGACUGGAACUGUCAAACAGACAGUGCUGACUGACACAACCUCCACGGACAAGGAGAAGAAACCAAUCCAAGCCAAUGCCACCGUGGUUCUCAAGGAAGGAUCAACGCUGAAGAGGACUGAGAGUCAGUUGAACGGUACCACUGUGGAAACCAAAAUCCACACAAAGCAAACGGACAAGACCAGUUUGAAACCAGCCAACACUGCAAUGACUGUUUCAGUCCAGAACAUUACUUCCUCGAGCUUCAUCCUCUCAUGGGAAACCUCUCAGAGUGUCUUCCGGAACUUUACCCUGACGAGGAGAGAGCUGGCAGCAGGGGCUGACUGGGAGCAGGAGGUGGUGGCUGAGGAGGAGGCAGAGAAGGCAAAACUAGGCGAGAAACAAGAUGUCAGCAUCACCACUGCCACCAGCAGCAAUAUGACAGAGGUCGUCAAGCACACAAGCGCUGACACUACAACCACCGUCACCAAGGCCCAUGUCGCCUCAGCAACCAAAUCCGAAGGGAAGAACGUGCGGAAAUUCACCCAAGUUCUCCCUGGCACGGCCCGCUCUUUCCAGUUCCGCAACCUGCGCCCUCAGACCCGCUACGCCCUCACACUCUUUGGAACCGCUCCUGGAUUCCGGUCCAAAAUUUACCGCCUGACUGUCACCACAGGUCCGGAACCACCCUCUGAAAUUGUUUUCACCAAUGUCACUGAGAGCUCUGUUACUGUGUCAUGGACAAAACCAAAGAGCACAGUGACAGGAUUCAAGGUCAUCUACACUAAUGUUGGCACUGGAGCGAGUGGAUCCCUCUCUAUGGAGUCACAGUUGUCGAUGGUUGUCAUCUCUAAACUCUCUGCCGGCACUUCGUACGAGAUCAGUGUCACCUCUGUGCUGGAGGCCAGUGAGAGUGAUGCCCUCAGAGCCACAGUGGUCACAGCUCCUGAUACGCCAACAGUUCUGCAGGCCGUAAAUGUGACUGACACCAAAGCGCUCUUGGUAUGGAAGCCUACACAGGCCAAAGUGGACCGCUACAUCCUCAGCUAUGGCUCAUCAAAAUCCCCUAAUGUGACUGUGACGGUGAUGCUGUCGGGCAGCACAGUGGAGCACCACCUGCGGGGCCUGCACCGCUCCACCCUCUACACCGUCACCCUCGUCAGCCAGCUCAACAGCCUGCAGAGCGCUCCAGUUACAACCACCUUCACUACCGCCACUGGUGUUAAGGUCCAGGCGGUGGCGCCCAAUACGGUGACCUCUCACUCGGCCGUGAUCGCCUGGAAAGCGCCCCACGUGGCCUUCAAAACCUACAGGCUGACGUAUCAGGUGCUGGGCCAGGAGACCAAGGAAGUCCUGCUGAGUCCCACAGUUAUCCAGUAUGAGCUGACGGGACUGAAACCAGGCUCCAACUACACUGUGAAGGUGGAGGGAGAGAAGGAGGGCAGCUACAUUACUGUUGUCUCUACCGAGUUCCUCACAGGUGGCAUUCCCUUCCACUACCCCAAGGACUGCUCGGAGGUUCAGCGGAAUGGCAUGGUGGAGUCCGGAGAGGCCGAGAUCUUCCCCGAGGGCCCAGAGGGAGAGCCUGUGUUGGCCUACUGUGACAUGGAAACCGAUGGAGGAGGCUGGACGGUCUUCCAAAGAAGAGCUCAUGGAAAGACGGAUUUCUUCAGAGGCUGGAAAGAUUACAGCAAAGGAUUUGGAUUCUUGUCUGACGAGUUUUGGCUUGGAAACGACCACGUCCACACCCUGACCAGCCGCUCUCCCAUGACCCUGCGGGUGGACCUCCGCUCAGGAAACGAUACGGCGUACGCUCACUACGCCAACUUCUCCAUCGGCUCGGAAGAGAGCAAUUACACCAUUCACGUGUCUGGUUACUCCGGCAACUCUGGGGACUCCAUGAGGUACCACAGCGGGCGGCCGUUCUCCACCAAGGACAGGGAUCCCCAUCCCCUCAGCAUCCACUGUGCCAAGGCUUACAUGGGCGGGUGGUGGUACAAGAACUGCUACAAGGCCAACCUCAAUGGCCUCUACGCUACAUUCUCUGACAACCAGGGAGUGGUGUGGAUAGAUUGGAAGGGCAAGGACGUCUCCAUCCCUUUCACCGAGAUGAAACUACGGCCCGCUUCCUUCCUCGCUGUUGCCCAGGGUUAAUGAAGGGACGUACUGUAUCCAGCAACGUCAUCAGGGUCCACCAUGACUGUGAACGAGUGAAAGGGGCCGAUAGUUGGAGAGACACGGAGAGAGAAUGAACGAGAGAGAGAGAGAGAGAGAGAGAGAGAGAGAGAGAGAGAGAGAGAGAGAGAGAGAGAGAGAGAGAGAGAGAGAGAGAGAGAGAUAGAGAGAGAGAGAGAGAGCGAGAGUGCGGUUUGGGCACUGGCUCUAUACACUGUAUGUACUGUUAGAGUUCAAACACACACACACACACACACACACACACACACACACACACACACACACACACACACACACACACACACACACACACACACACACACACACACACACACACACACACACAGACACACACACACAUACUGAACCACCAUUACACAGUCAGAACACAAGGGAAGCUGUGUACUAUAUCUAUAAAAAAAUAAUAAUAAUUUAAGCCAUAAAAACCAUAUUGAUGGACCUUGAUGAAUUCCCUCUACUUACCUCGGGGCACUCCAAGGUGUUGGUAGCCAUAUCAUGAACUCCAUGCAAAGUGACGAUUUUUACCCAGUUCUUCUAGAAUCUUACUCGAACAUUCUACAGCUCCCAUAGAACUCUGUGUUUAAAAUCCCGCAAAGACAUUAUGACAUCAUAAUGGGAAUUCAACAUUUUGGCAAAAUUCUAAUCACAUAUAUGUGAUGGUACUCCUCAAAGGGGUUGGAUGGUCCAGGCUCCGUUGGGGACAUCUGCCCUGCUGAUCAAUGGGUUGGUGGUCCUCCCACUGAAGUCAAUGCACUGCUUUACCAUGGGGUGCCAAAAGCAGGCAAAGGGGGUGCAAGAUGUUCGCCGUGUUGUCUUUUAUUUUCUGCAGCUUGCUCAGUGUCUUUCGUGUGGUUUCUGUUUAACGUUAACUCACACCUUCACUGGUUAAAAAGUUUGCUCUCUGUGAAUGUGAGUCAUUUGACUAUUUUGGAGCAAAAUGUUAGACCAAUAAAAGCAACAUAUACCAGUGACUGGAA